UCGCUGUUUGGUUUGCUUGCACUGGUGUGUAGUGUCAUUUGGACAGACAUGGCUUCGGGAGCUGCCGUUGUGUCGUGAAGGAAAGAGCAGUUUGGAAAUAAAUUACAAACUGCAGCGUAUAAGAACAGACUGCGUAGGUGGAUCUUGUGGCGAUCUCUGUGUAUCCUGCACAUGUAGCAGACGAUUCAGACACGUAGCCUCAAGGCUGCACUGCAACAAUGCCAGAGUCCUCCCUGGUCAAGGACAUUCACAGCAGCCCCGCUGAAUGUAGAGCAUCCCCUUUGAGGCAGUUUAGCCAGUCAUCGCUGUCACUGCACAGAAACUCCUACAUGCUCAGUACCUUCUGCACAGAGCACAAUGUGCAGGAAUGUCUGUCACACAUCAAUCAGGAGGUGUCAUCUCUUGGCCUCCCACCAGUUUGGACGGAGUCGGCCGGCAUCCCACAGCUAAAUGUUGUGGCUGUGCUAAAUUGCAUGUAUGACCUGAUUCAGCUGCACCGCAGGGGGGUCCAAACCCUGGAAAACAUGGAAGUGGAGCAGCUUAAGUCAAGCAGCAAUGUGGACUACCUGCAGCUCACCAGCACCCGGCUAAAGGAACAGCUUGAACUUUCCAAAAGAGAAAACACGGGACUCCUUGAGAAAGAACGGCAGCUACAGCUGAAAGUGAAAAGUUUGCAGAACUGCCUGAAAAAUGAAAAAGAAGAGGUGCAAAAACUUCAGAACAUAAUUGCAAGUCGGGCCAGUCAGUACAAUCAUGAGAUGAAAAGGAAGGAAAGAGAAUUUAACAAACUCAAAGAGCGUCUGAAUCAACUUCUGGUUGACAAAAAGGAGAAAAAACAAGCCAUUGAUGUACUAAACAACAUUGGAAGAGCUGAUGGGAAGAGGAGUCUUUGGAAAACUGAAAAGACAGAGGCAAAGCAUGAGGGGGAGAUGUAUAAGACUCUGCUGAGUGACUACGACACCCGACAGAAGGAGCUGGUGCUGGAAAAUGCGGAGUUGAGGAAAGUGUUGCAGCAGAUGAAAAAAGAAAUGGUGUCCAUUUUAAGUUCAAGGAAACUGACUCUGAAAGGGGACAAACAUGAAGAUGGUUGCAUACAGGCUGACUCAGAGGAGGAAGAGGAUUUGUUUGAUUCCGGUAAAGAAAGUGUUGAGCUGUAUUGUGUUCAUGCUCGGGAGAAGCUGACCAAUAGUAUUCGCCUCCAGUGGAGAAGACUCAAGAGCCACGUAGAAAGACUGGACAGCCAAGCAUCUUUUGCACAGAUGGGUGAAAGUAAAAACUCUGAUGCUGUUUCACGAGAGACUCACGAGGAGGAGAUGGACAGACUAAAGCUCGAGAUCCAGCAGUGCAAAGACUAUAUUCAAACACAACAGCAGCUGUUGCAGCAACAGCUCAGUUCUCCGUGUGAUGAGGGGACAGCAUCCCUGCUGAGUGACUGCUACAUGUUGCAGGAGAAAGAGCGCCUCAGAGAGGAGUGGAAGACCCUAGAGGAACAGAGAAAGAUCUUUGAGAGGGAGAGGAGGAACUUCACAGAAGCAGCCAUAAGACUGAGCCAUGAGAGGAAGGCCUUUGAGGAGGAUCGUGGGACGUGGCUGAAACACCAGUUUUUAAACUUGAGUCCAUUUGCAGAUUCAAAGAAACCCCAGAUGUCAAAGUCUAAAAGUGCCUUUUUAAUAUCUGAAACAGAGGUGAGUGCAGCGUCGGCCUCAGAAAAGCUCAUCAAAUGCCCAUCUGACACAACCUCCCCCACACACAGAUGUGUCCCACUCACGUCACCAUCCACAUCCAACCUGAGUUGCACACUUUGCCUUAUCCCAAAAAACAGCUCAACCAAACCAAAGACGAAGACUGAGCACGUUGAGGAAUCAAAAAUCUUCUGUAAUGGAAACGUUCCAGUUCAGCACAAACCUUGAAACAACAGUAAAGACCACAGCAGCCAUACAGUCACAGGGGAAUAGAAUAGCUCUAUAUCAAGCCUAAAGCUCUUAUCUUCUGAAUCAGGAUUUAUGUUAACGUCUAUAAAUUAUGGAUUAUGUGUGGUAUUUCAGAACUUUACCUGAAUGGUGAACGGCAAACAACUUGAAGAUAGAUUGUAUAAUGAUUAAAUAGCUAUUAACAAUCGAAGCCAAACGAGUUGUGGUUCGCUGCUGGUGUUCUGUGCUUUGUGUGACCGAGAGAAAAUUUGUAUUCGAAAUGUUUUUUUUAUUAGCUCACUGUUUUAUUGUUAUAGUAUGUGAUACAUGUAUUUAUUUAUUUAUGUGGUACUCCAAAUUUAGUUUUGGGAGUCAUAUCUCAUGUCUAGCAGCUUCUUAGUCUGAAGGUAAUAUUUGUUUGGCAAUACAAAUGAUACAAAUGUGCAACAAAAGAUGUUGCUUGGCCGUGCUUAUUGGCCGAUGCUGCAGCUAAAGUUAACUAUAAGUUGGUGUUUAUAUCACUCACUUUCAAGUUAUCUUAUCGUGUUAAACUUGUCAGCUGUCGCAGAGUAUAUAGAUUUAAUGCCGCUGUUUCACUGAAUACAACAAGAAAACUGGUUAAAAUAUGAAUUAUGUUUAUGUAGCUUAUUAUAGAAAUGUGGCUGAUUAACAACAUCGCUUUCUUGUGUAUGUUGCAGUUGCGUUACUAGCAGGUGAUGUUUGAUGUUUCAGUUAAAUAGGAAGAAAAGCUGUAAAAUUUAACACAAAUUACAUAAUGUGUAGUAGAUACUGAAGGUAAAUAAUUUUGGUGUCAAUAUGAAUGUAAAUUCACCAUUUUUUAUGAAUGUGUUUAUCUUGGCUUUAUAUUGACAGAU